AUAACUAGUAUCCAUCACAGACAUGACCGCCUCCGACCUCCCCUCUCUCUUCAGCCCUAUCCAAGUUGGAAACGCCCAGCUAAAGCAUCGCAUCGUCCUGUCUCCGCUCACUCGACUCAGGGCGUACGACGACCACGUACCAGGUCCACAAGCAGCGACGUAUUACGCUCAGCGCGCUAGCAUGCCAGGAACCUUGCUCAUCACCGAGGGGACCAUCAUCGCCGCUCGUGCUGGUGGACUUCCAAACAUCCCUGGGAUCUACAACGACGCGCAGAUCAAAGCGUGGAAGGAGAUCACCGACGCCGUGCACGCGAAGGGGUCCUUCAUCUACGCUCAGCUGUGGGCGUUCGGGCGCGCCGCUGACCCCACAUUGCUUGCAUCCGAGGGACACGAACACGUCGGGCCAUCCGCCAUCCCGCUCGAGGAGCACUGGCACGCCGACGUUGGUCCUCAGGCCCUACGAGCGUUGACUGUUCCAGAGAUCAAGGAGUACGUCCAGUUGUACGUGACCGCAGCGAGGAAUGCCAUGGAGGCCGGUUUUGAUGGCGUCGAGAUCCACGGCGCGAAUGGGUACCUCGUAGAUCAGUUCUUGCAGGACGUCAGCAACAGUCGCGCGGACGAGUAUGGAGGUAGCGUCGAGAACAGGACGCGAUUCGCACUCGAAGUCGUCGAUGCAGUAGUUGCAGCCGUCGGAGCCUCCAGGACGGCUAUACGGCUCAGCCCGUGGAGCGAGUGGCAAGGCAUGGGAAUGGCUGAUCCUAUUCCGACAUUCAGCUAUUAUGUGAGCAAGCUCAAGGAGAGAGGCCUGGCUUAUAUCCACGUUAUUGAGCCGCGAAUCAACGGCGUCGAUGACGCAGUCAAGGCCGCUAGUAACCCUGAAUCCAACGACGUCCUUCGCAAGAUUUGGGGCGAUCGGCCAUAUAUCGCCGCAGGCGGCUUCACCAGAACCAAGGCACUCGAUACGGCAGAGGAGAAAGGUGGAUUGAUCUCAUUUGGCCGGCUCUUUAUUGCGAACGUAAGUUUCAAGAAAAUGCAGCCCGAAACAAAAAUUUGGAGAUAAAAAGCUUACCUCCCUAUCCGUAGCCCGACCUCCCUCGUCGUCUACAAGAAGAUCUGCCACUGACCAAGCCAGACAGGACCAAGUACUAUCUUGCCGGAAAUCAUACAUCCGAUGGAUACACUGACUGGCAGUUUGCGAGCGGACAGGAGAAAACCUCAGAAUAGAUAGAUACGGUAGACUCAGUGUGUUGAAGCUUCGAAUAUAACCGAUAGACUCGA